AUGUCGUCUUCUCCCUCGCUGUGCCCGAAGAAGAAGCACUGGUGGCUGAGCAGCCGCAAGGUGGGAUAUCCCUCUACUGUUCCGCCCGCCACUGAGGCGUCUCCGUUCAGCAUCUCUAUCUCUCUCUUUCUCUCUCUCACUCUCGUUUCUGGCUGUGCGUAGACUCGGGAAUCUAUUUUGCUCACCGGCAUUGUGUGAUUUCUCGGUUUGGUGCAGAUCGUCGAAAAGUACGUCAAGGACGCGCGAGCGCUCAUCUCGACGGAGGAGCCGUGCGACGUCCAAGUGGCGCUCGGGCUGCUCGAUGCCGCCCUCGCCGUCUCCCCGCGCAACGAGGCGGCGCUCGAGCUGAGGGCCCGGUCUCUGCUUUAUCUCCGGCGGUUCCGUGAGGUCGCCGACAUGCUCCAGGACUACAUCCCCAGUUUCAGGGGGGCAGAGGACGUGGGCGACUCGUUCACGUCCCUCUCCUCGGACAACUCCUCGUCUUCUUCCCAGUCUCAGCAGCUGUCCAGGGAGCGGGUCAAGCUGCUUCCUUCGCCCUCUUCCUCCUCGGAUGAGGAAUACUCUAAACCCGACGGUGUUCUCAGGUGCCUCUCCAUGGCAGACAUGAAGAGGAAGGUGUUGGCUGGGUUGUACAGGGACUGCGGCCAUGAAGGAGCAUGGAGGUACCCUCUCUCUCUCUCUCUCUCUCUCUCUCUCUCUCUCUCACCUGGGGUUAUGCAGUGCUGCACUCUCAUGUCAUUUCCUCCAAUCCAGCACCCUGUCUUCCUCUAAAUCCAUUUCUCUCGCAUUUCCUGACAGCGAUCAGAAAAAAAGGGGGAAGAAAUUUCAGCGGUAGAGGUUCUGUUCUUGUUAGAUUAUCCUUCUCUUCAAGAUCUUAGCGGGCGUGUAAGAACCCACAGAAGAAGAAGCCAGUACAGUCCUCUCCGGCGAAUUCAACGCCGAGCUCAGCCUAUACUUUUUCCUCCGGACGACCUUCCGUGUGCAGUGACAGAUCAUGGUAGUCGGUCCCCCAGAACGGCCCCCCAAACUCCUUCCUGCAAGUCAGCAGUAGCUGGGCAAUAGGGGAGGAGGGGGGUAGUGAUGGGAAUUCCUGUUUCAUCUUCUUCAAUCUGCAGUACAGCAGGGCUAGGUCUAGGUCCCAUCCCUUUCCGCAAGACAUGGAUGAGCUGUCGUUUAUUCAUCCGCGCUCGAUCGCUGACCUUGCGCUUCCUGUCCUGUCUGGCGGCCUCUUUUUUCCAGGUACAUGGUGUUGGGCAAGGCCUGCAGCCACCUAGGGAUGAUGGAGGACGCCAUGGUGCUCCUCCAGACCGGGAGGCGCCUCGCCACGGCGGCGUCGCGCCGAGAGAGCCGCUACCUCUCCGACGACGAUUUCUCUUCUUCUUCGAUCCUCAUCAGCAACGAGUCCUGUCCGGCUACGUCGAGCUCAUCUCCGCCGAUUCUCUCGACGGAAUUGGAGGGUGCUGCGCACCUCCUCAGUCACAUCAAGCUCCUCCUCCGGCGCCGCGCCGCCGCCGUGGCGGCGCUCGACGCGGGCCUCUCUACCGAGUCCGUCCGCCACUUCACCAAGCUCUUGGACGGCCGGCGAGGGACCCCUCACUCGUUCGCCGCCGGCUGCCUGGUCGGACGCGCCGCCGCCUACCGCGAUUCCGGCAGGAUCGCCGACUCCAUAGCCGACUGCAACCGAGCUCUUGCUCUCGAUCCGGCGUCCAUACCGGCACUGCGCGCGAGGGCCGACCUGCUUGAGUCGGUGCGUUCCUUUCCCGAUUGCCUUCGCGACCUCGACCACCUCAAGCUCCUCUACGACGCCAUUCUCCGGGACCGGAAGCUUCCCGGUCCGGCAUGGCGCCUCCACAACGGCGUCCGCUACCACGACAUCGCCGGCGACCUGCGAGCCCUCGCGUCGAGGACUCAGGAGCUGCGGCAGAGGGUGGCGAGGGGGGAAGCCUACAACGUGGAUUACUACGCGCUGAUCGGCGUGAGGAGGGGGUGCAGCAGAUCCGAAUUGGAGCGUGCCCAUCUUUUGCUGUCCCUCAAGCACCGCCCCGACAAGGCGGCGGCGUUCGUCGAUCGGGUGGAGUUCACCGACGAUUAUCGAGACUUGGACGCGGUGAGGGACCAGGCGAAGAUGUCGGCUUUGAUGCUGUAUCGUCUUCUUCAGAAGGGUUAUUCGAGUAUCAUGUCCACCGUCAUAGAUGAAGAAGCAGCGGAGAAGCAGAGGCUGAGGGCCGUUGUUGCGGCGCUGCAAGCCGCAGCAGCCACCGCUGUUCUGUCCCCACAGUCGACGGAGAAGCCGGCGGCGGAAGGAGAAUCCAGCGGUUCACAGAGAUCAAACGUCGAGUCGGGCGAGCCCGACGAAACCGGACGGCAGCUGCCGUCGGACGCGAAAGCGGCGGCCGCAGCCGCCGCGUCGGUUUUUCAAGGGGUGUUCUGCCGUGACUUGGCAGCCGUGGGGAGCCUUCUCUCUCAGGUGAACUUCAACAGGGCCAUCUCGGUGAAGUACGAAGCUCUGAGCUGCUGA